AUGCAAAAGCGUAGAAAUACAUGUGAUGACGAUGAAACACAAUUGCCGCCUCUUAGACAUGGCCUAUCUCUUCAGCAUCAACAUGGAAGCAGGGAACAAUUUGUGAGGCAAGAUCAUUUACAUGCCUCUAAUCAGGUUCGUUUGUGGAAUUCAGGCCCUGUACCACUUGAACCUCAACAACAACAUCCAUCUUCUUCGUUCUAUCCUAAUCUUGAGCAGAAUCAAUCAAGCACAGUCCCUUCUCAACGAUUUGAAUCAGUUGGUGGUCAUCAUGUACUUGGGAUGGGACAUGGUCGAGAUGCAUGUACACUUCAGCUCUUACCACCACUACUUGAACAUCAUAUCCCAGAGAACACCAUCAUGCAUCAGCAACGUUCUUCAGGGCAUUCCACGCUUCAACUACCAUCAACAUCCAUGACUUUCAUUCAAAAAGGAAAUACAACAUCACAAAAGAGAAAAUACUCUCCUACAUGUGGUAUGGAAGGAGAGGAAUACAUGAACGCUGUACCAUGCAAUGAAACGUAUGAUCAUACUCUACAACAUGCUCAAUCACAAAUAGUAGUAAUGGAGCCUUCGAUUGAAUUAGAUUUAGGACCUCAAAUUAAUGUGCAAAAUAUAUUUCCAUCUGCAUUCACACAGUCGGAGAGAAGAAAUACUAGAUAUCAACCUGAUCAUGCAUUUAUAUCAUCUUCAUCAAUUAGGAGGCCAAAUGCAUUCUCUCAAGGAUUUAUGCAUGCAUUUGGUGAUAGUAAUAAUUCUUCGUUUGCUUCUUUUGGUAUUAAUAACGAUCAUCGUCAAGUAAAAUCGGAACUGCAUCAGCUUAACGAGAGCAAGGAUUCGCAAAACCUCACAUCCUCCGAGGCAAAUACAGAAACACCAGCAUCAUUUAAACCUCUGGAAAUUUCAAGCAUGCAAAGUCCAUUACAUGUUCAUGCUCUAGGUCGUAAUUCUACUCCUUUCAUCAGAGACUCGCCCUUACUAAUCCAUCAUGAAGAUUCGUACGGGAGCGUUCCCAGCAUUUCAUCAAUUCCAACCUCCCGUCAAGCCUUAAUUUUUUCUUCAAACUCUUCUUCCAAGCCUUUACAAUCAACAAAAAACUGUCUUCAUCCAUCUUCAACUAAGAUUCAAUCAUUCCCUAAACAACAGCACUAUGAUCCCAUAUCACCCAAUAACGUUCCGAAGAGUGCAGCCUUACUCUUAUUACAAGAGGAGCUCUACUCUCAAACUGCAUCUUCUCAGGAAAGAGUGAUGGGAAACCAAACUUCAUCUUCUCGUGCUUCCAUUGAUUCCAAUGUCAUAUCGGAAAACACUCCUUCUCAUCACUCUCACCCUCCUGUGAUACCCACAGGUAUCAGUAGUAGCAAUAAUAAUACUAGUCAUUGGAACGAUCAUAAUUUUCGAGUGAGUUUUCAGCAAGAAAAGAGUUCUAUAUCUCAGCAUCAAAGAUCUUCCUCAUCUUCUCCACAUAGUAAUAUACAAAGCCUUAUUACUUCAGAUACUACUCAUGUUGUUGAAAAUCGGGCAACAAUAACCACUCCCACAGAAGCCACAAUAACCACUCCCACGAAAGCUUCCGUAAAUCAACCUGAGGAGUUAGGAUCACCCAUUAUUCUAGAUCUAUCAAAUUUACCCAUGACCUUGUCCAGUGGUUCGAGUUUGUAUCAACAAGCACCUCCUCCUCCCAAAAAGAAGAUUAAGAAUUUUGUGAAUGAUGGACCUUGGUCUCAGGAAGAACAUGAAAGAUUUAUGGAAGGAUAUCGAGCGUGUGGACAGAAUUGGAAAGCCAUCAGUGAGAAUUAUGUCAAAUCGCGAACACGUGUUCAGGUUCAUGCUCAUGCUCUGAAAGUUUUGAAAAACGUUCAUCAAGAAGGAUCUUUUCCCUCCUUUCAUGUGAAAUAA